AAUCUGUGGUGGAGUAUUUAGUGGGGUCCAACUUCCCAUAUGCGAUCAGUCGUGCGAGUGCCGAGCUCCUGCUACAAACAGUGCUCUUCUCCACAGGUGCAUCAUCCUCUCGUAAUCAGUGUCUGAGAAACCAGUUCCAUAUAGGCAUCAGAGACACUCCACACAACACUUAAGAUAUGCCAAAGCAGCUGGUACUUUUGGGUCUUGUUUGUACUCUUAAUUUAGUGUGGGGAAAAGGCUUUUCCCUCGAUGAACUUAUAGCGCAGCACAGUGGAUUUAAUCCAGUAGCGAGUGUGGCGGGUAAUCAAAAAUUGGAGCCAUCAGUUCUAUUGAGACGUGAUGCUGUUGAUUCAUCUCCGCAACAGCAUGGUCUUACGGCGAAAAAUGUCUUAAAUUUAGCACAGAAGAUAGGCGGAGUUCUUGGAAAUAUAAGAUCAGAUAAGGCAAUAGUUUACUCACCUGUAAGCAUUGCAGCGGCUCUCCAGUUGGUUCUUCUGGGAGCCAAUGGUGAAACAUACAAUGAGCUAUUGCGACUACUCUCAGUCGACAAUCCCGGAAGGCUUCAUGAGGAUUUUGGGGCAUCAAUUGGUGAUCUUUUGGCCACGAGUGUGGAUGAUGUGAAUGGAAAGGGUGAGAAGACGAAUACGAUCGUAAAUGGAGCUGGAUCUCUUGACCAUCACGUAUCGAUCGUUAAUGGACUUUUUGUCCAAAAUGGUUUCUCCAUACGACCAGACUACCGAUCAGUUGUAGAAUCAAUCUACAGGAGUGAAAUAACUGAAUUGGAUUUCUUGAAUCACCCCACGGAUGCAGCAUCAUUCAUUAACAAUUGGGUUGAGAGAUCCACUCAUGGAAAAGUUAAGGAUAUCGUACCGCAUACAAUAGCUCGUGACACGAGGGUGAUCAUAGCUUCAACAAUCUACUUCAAUGCUCACUGGAAGGAGACUUUCAUUGAGGGAGCUACGCGCCCCAGGCAGUUCUUCCCUGAUGGCGAAGGUGGCCGACAUAUCUUGGUGCAGAUGAUGUCAUUUGGAGGAACGCUUCCCUUCUACAAUUCAAGAGAAUACAACUGCAGAAUUCUCGGCUUGCCUUACAAGAAUAAUCUUAGCACGCUUUACAUAAUCAUUCCUGAUAAUUCUAAUCCUCAGAGAGUUAGAGAACUCCAAAACGAUCUCACGUCAGAUAAGAUCGAUUACAUGAUAUCGAGAAUGACUAUGAACACCACCAUUCUCUUAUUCCCCAAACUUCACCUUUCAAUGGAUUUCAAGCUACGUGAUGUUCUUAAGCAACUUGGGGUUCGCACACUCUUCAGCCCAUCCGCAGCUGAUCUAUCCCUCAUUUCUGAUGAAGAUGUUCUCGGUGGAGUGGUGGAAAAGCUUUCGGACAUUCGAGCUUUCUCACCAGCGGCAGGGAAUGCAGCUUCUGGUCUUCCGCUUCAGAAUGAAAACCGCGAAGAUGUUUUGAUCUUUUCAAGAUUGCGCGCAGAAGAUGAUGAAGAUAGUGAUAUGAGUGACAAAGACCGGAAAAGGGCUAAGAGAGCUACCUACAAAGCCGCCAGUAAAUUUGACAGAGAAUCCGAACCGCUAACUCUCAAAGAUUUCGUAUUAAGAAAGCGGAUUACAAAACCCCUUGCUGAGCAGAAACUCAGAAGAUCCCGAAGACAGACAUCAGCUUUCGAUAGCUUGAACAGUCUUAGCCAGUUAAGAGGAAGAAUACCAACAAAUCCUGGACUCUUUGCCAGUGAAGUGAUCCACAAGGUUGACUUAACAAUUAAUGAGAAAGGAACUGAAGGAGGAGCCUCAACUUUAGUUUUUCUUCAUAAAACCGGCACGGAUGUCGUGUUCAGAGCAAACGUGCCAUUUUUAUUCCUCAUAAGGAAUGAUGCAACAAAAUUGCCACUUUUCUACGGAACUGUAUUUGAGCCAGAAGAACAUCAAUAAAAGAAACUUGGAAGGAUAA